AUGACAGCUGAUAUUAUCGAGCGCGACUCGGUCAGCCGCCUAGACCGGUCGAAUUGCAUCCUGCCACCCUCGAGCCAUGAUUCAACGUCUACUGGAAGAGCUACUAUUAGCAUACACAUCGAUCACGUAGAGAAGAAAAGGAACCCAUCCAUUGUCGCUUCGGAAGCCUCAUUGGAGACGAUCUUGAAAGUUAGCUGGAUAUUGACCCUUCGCUGCUUCGUCGUAGCCGAUAUCAUAUGUUUCAAAUAUGAAGAGUCUUCGGACAUAAGUGAAAUCCACAAGCGGAAGUUUGGUACCAAGAAACCAGAGAGCAGAAAGGCUUCAGGUCGGUACUUUACACGAAUUAACCCUCACGAAUCCGUAUGUUUAUUUUCGAAGCGCCUCGACGCAAGCCGAUUAUCUUCUCACCCGACAAUUGAUCCUAUAAGCCAUGACAUUGGCGUUGCAGACUCGCAGUCUGUCCGCCACCACUGCAAUACGGGCCUUUAUGUACACCGGAUGAGGAUAGAAAACAAGAAAGGAGAAGGCAAAAAGGUCGAUGAUUUCGAUGACGUUAAACUCAUUAUUGAUUUUUCUGACUACGUCUGCUCACUGCGGUUGGACUAUCGCCCAUCUCAUACGAGUCAUGAUAUGGCAACAAGCAUCUUAAACACGUUUCAACACAUUUAUACUCAGGUCGCCAAUGCAUCAGAACACACAUUACUGCAAGACAUAAAUGAGUUCUCGCCUCUAGAUCAGACGAAAAUAAAGAAAUGGACGUGCAUGGAUCCCACACCGAGUGACAGCUGCCUGCAUACUCUUAUACUAAAGCAAUGUCGGCUGAGACCUGAGGAGAUGGCAGUCAGAUCCUGGGAUGGGGAUCUUACAUACCGUGAACUAGACGAUCUAUCACUACGACUAGCGCACCAUCUCACGGAACUUGGCGUUGGCCCUGAAACUUUUGUGUUGAGUUGUUUUGAGAAGUCGACUUGGGCCAUCGUCGCGCGAUUAGCCAUUCUGCGGGCAGGUGGAGCCUAUAUCUCGAUCUUCGCCAGUAAUCCGCCUGUUUACCUCGAAUCAGUGAUAACUCGUACCAAAACACGCGUCCUGGUCACAGAUUCUUGCUAUACCGACCGGUUUCGAGAUAUUGUCCCCGUUGUCGUUGGGAUGUCCCCUGAAUGGCUCAGGAGUCUGCCGGCGGGAUCUCGGGUGUGCGAAACAAUCCGACCAGACAAUGCGUGUUUGGUGCUUUUCACAUCUGGCAGUACCGGAACACCUAAGGGAAUAAUUCAAACCCAUCAAGCAUACGCUACCGCCAUCAAGAAUUACGCGCGCGAUCUCCAACUCGGCCCGCAUACGCGAUGCCUUCAAUUUGACGAUUAUGCAUUCGACAUCAGCAACUUGGAAUUCCUAGUUCCUCUGAUCCUCGGCGGUUGCUGCUGCGUUCCCGGACCUAUGAAAACCGUUCAGGACCUGUCCGGAGAGAUUAAUGCGUUGGACGCUGAUAUCCUUUUCCUAACGCCGACUGUAGCAAUCAAGCUAGAACCCAGCGAUGUUCCACGCCUCAAGACUAUGUGCGUAGGGGGAGAGCCUCUGCCCAAGGACCUCGUAAGUAAGUGGGAUAACAGCGCUACGAAACUGGUCAAUCAGUACGGUAUGGGGGAGGUGGCCAUUUGCUGUGCUCUCAAUAGGAGUAUCGAUCUUGUAGGAGGCGCUAAAGUGGGACGCCCCUCAACCGGUGCCAUCUGGGUUGUCAACUCGUUGUCUCCCGAGAAGUUAACGCCAAUAGGGGCGGUAGGCGAGAUCAUAAUAGAAGGACCACAUCUGUCUCACGGCUACCUUGACGAAACCGCGACAUGUCGGACGGAAGCUGGGUUCUUAAAGACGGUACCGCGGUGGAUGAUGGAGAUGCAUCCGGACAGGACCCACACUCGGAUGUACAGGUCCGGAGAUCUCGGCCGGCAAAAUCACGAUGGCACAAUCACAUACCUCGGUCGCAAAGACACAAUUCUUAAAUUGGAUGGAUGUCGCAUCGACGCGCUAGAGGUGGAGCACCAGGCUCACAAGUGCCUUUCAGAUAAGGACACUGUCGUGGUCGAUCUUCUCGGCAUCAUCAACGGCCAAGACGAACCCAGCCUAACAGCCUUCAUCUGCCUGGACGAGCACCCCAUCAGCUCACCUCCCGUGACAAACGGCGUACCUCUUUUAAAGGAUGCUCUCGUGGACCCUCAUGCCAGCGCGAAGAUAAAAGAGAUGCAAGCUUCAAUUGCCCUGUCGCUCCCGCGGUACAUGAUCCCUACAACUUUCGUCCUCAUGUCGUGGAUACCGCGGACAGCGUCUAAGAAGAUCGAUCGCAAGAAGAUCCAUAUGCUGGGGCAGACGUUCUACUUUGCUAGGUUGGAGCAGCUGCCAAAGGAUGUGUCGUAUGCGCAGAAGAUCUAA